AUGUUGGGUCUCCGCCCAGUGAUGGAGUACUUCCGCAGCGGGGUGCCGCCGUCGCGCCGGCCCAACCACCUGCAGAUGAAGACCCUGCACUACUUCGACAGGACGCCGCCGCUCUGGCCGUGGGUCACGAACCUCGAGAAGUCCCGGCAGCUGCGGGCGAUGAUGCUCGAGCGCGCGCUGCUGGAGGAGGCGCUCGCGCGGCAGGGCGUGCCCGCCCACGUCGCGCUCCCGGCGCACGUCGUGCAGCAGGCCAAGGACCGCGUGGACGCCACGUUCCGGGCGAUGGUCGAGCACCGCGCGGUGCUCGGCGUGCCACGCAGCAGGAGGAUGGGGGAGGUGCGGGGCCGCAACGACGCGGGGGCGGCCGAGGUGCUGCGCGACGUGGGGACGUGGGACUACGGCGGGUGGGAGCAGAUGGCGGUGGAGACCACCAACGGGCUGCGGGCGGGCUACGGCGUCGAGACGGAGGACCGGACGAAGCUGGAGCUGUCGCGGGCGCUGACGGCGUCGGCGGGGCGCACGGUGUCGCGCAUGACGACGAUGAACGUGAUCAUCGCGUUCCGGCAGCUGAUGGACGGGCUGCGGCGGUACGCGCUGAGCCUGCAGUGCGAGGAGCGCGUCGCGGGGGAGUCGCCGUUCGGGCAGGGCCCGCCGAAGCGCGGCCGAGGGAUGCGCCGCGCGCAGGUGGUGAUGAAGUGGCGGGCGCGGCGGCGCGGCGCGCGCGCGCGCGGCGGCAGCGAAGCGCAGGGUGACGACGGCGGCGCGGAGGGCGGCGGCGCGGAGGGCGAGCCCGACGUGGCGGCGGAGAUCCUGUCGGCCUACAGGACGGUGGAGGGCGAGGUGGAGGGCGCGGCGAGGGGCCUCGUGGACGCGUCGAACGACCUGCUGCGGAAGAGGUUCGUCAACCGGGACCACAUCCUCGGGCAGAGCCUCCCGGGCCCGUGCGUCCGGCGGCUGUGGGGCGUCGACCCGAAGCGCCACACGUUCUGGUGGGAGUACGACUUCACGAUGGGGGAGUCGCGCGGCGAGGCGGCGGCGCACCUGUCCGAGGAGACGCGCGACGACAUCUUCGUGCUGCACAAGGCCGAGCCGGUGCGGAACGCCGUCGAGGACCUCGCGGACGAGUACCGCGUGCGCCCGCAGCGCGUCGCCGCGGUGGUGGCGCUGCGGGAGGCCGAGCUGCUGGCGGCGCUGUCGGGGCACCGCUGGGACGAGUGGGGCGCGCUGCGCGUGGAGCAGGAGGACCGGCAGCAGGGCAUCUCGCCCGUGGGCAAGGUCGACGAGCGGUCGCGGGAGCGCCACGUGGUGCGCCUCAAGGUCUACCCCCACAAGGGGAUGCGCGGGGAGACGUGGGACGAGUACCGGGAGCGGUGCGCGCUGGCGGCGGAGGACCAGGAGGCGGUGCUGCUGCGGGACAUGCAGGAGAACCUGGCGUGGACGAUGCGGCGCGUGGCGCGGGACGUGCGGCGCGGGUGGCGCGACGCGCGGCGGGUGACCCCGCGGCCCGAGGGCGGGUACCCGAUCCUCGUGACGCCGCUGGACCGCGGGGGGCCGUUCGGGGAGAAGCCGUACGUGGGCGUGCCGGGGCAGGGCGUGCGGGCGCUCACGGAGGGCGAGGAGGCGCUGGUGCGGCGCCGGCGGCCCAAGGCGCGGCGCAGGCUCUGGAUGCGCCCGUACGGCGAGCUGUGA